AUGGUGUAAAAAUAAUAAUUUUUAUCUCAGGUGUGUUAUCUUACUCAAAAAUUUUACACUUUCAAUCUUCUCCAGCUGACAAGAAGCUUUGAAAGAGGUUCACUUUUAAGUAUAUUUUUAGUAUUAUCGAAGGUUCUUUUGAUAUUGCUUAUAGGAAUUUAUGAUCAAGACUACUAAAAAAUUUCAUAAUUAGACUCUAACCUAGUUAUUCUAAAUUAGAGCAACUACAUUAGUAGUCUUCAAUAGUAGACAUAUCAAACGAGCUUACAGGCAGCUAUAUUGUUACUGAACUUGAUUAUAAUAAUUUAUCUCGUUGUAUGUUAUUUGAACUUCAUGAUUUUUGGUUAUUUCUCAUUUCUAAAAACUGACUAACAUGUCUAAAACUAUUCAGGAAAAUUAGAAAUAAGUGAAGAUGAUUUCUUGAUUAGUGUAUGUAAAAAGAUGCAAAUGCAAAUAUACAAAAUUAUGAGCUUAUAUUUAUCAAUAUACCAGUAUAUUUUAUUAGCGCCAAUAAUUUAUUUCUGCCUUAUUUAGAUAUAAUUUUCUUUGUCAGCUUUUAAUUUAAUCUUGUCAAUAAUUAUAGGAUUUAUUAUUAAUGACACCGAUUAUAAUUACUCUAUUUUCUCUAAAGACAAAUUAGCCAGGCCGUUUAAUCCUUAUAAUUUUCUCAUGUUUAUAUUUGAGACUCUUUUAAUUUGCUUAAUUGUUGUCUCUAACUAUUUGAAUUGCUUGCUGAUUGGGAUUUAUUUUUUAAUGUAAGGAUGGUUUUCUAGUUUGGCAAUACCCUAUUAUUAAUUUAAGACUCGCCUCUGGAGUACAUUUGCUUAUUUCUACUUUGGAUCUUUGUCUUUGGCCAUUUUUUUUUCAAACUAGAGUUCGCAUUAAAAUAGCAUGGCUUCCCUUUUUAUGCUUCUUUUUAUUCCAGUAUUUUAUAAAAUUUCGUUUUUGUACUGCUAACAUUAAGAGAACCAAUCCUAUAAUCAUUUAGAAAGCAUAUUCUACGAUAGUUAGUCAAUUACUUUAAAAGAAAUAGAUAAAGUAAUAAGAUUAAAUUUAUUUGGAUAGUCUGAUAGCAUAAAGUAAAAUAACAAGAAGGAAAUAACCACAUUCAGCUUACUUGCUCACAAGUAGUAAUAAUAUCUAAAAGAAGAUAUUAAGAAAAUUAAGACAUUAACUAAUAGCCAAUGUCAAUUAAAGAUGAUUAGCAAACAAUUAGAAAAUUAAGAAAAUAACUAAGAUAUCGAAGAAAGCCUCAAAUAUUUCCUGAAAGAACUUAUUCGUAAAAUUUCUCUUCAAAAAAAGGAAGAAUCAAAUAAAAUAAUUUAUUUAGUGUACCUCCUUGAAAUUUUAAAUUCUAAAAAGUCUUACUGGUUUGAAUACUCCAAGUACUGCUAGAAAAAAUUUGCUAUUAAGUAAGAGUAAAUAAUUGCAAGCAUUCAUCAAAUAUUUUUGAAACAAAAAAUUAUUUCAUAAAAAUCUUUCGGAUUUUAAAAUAUUUUUGAUUAUUCAUAUUACAGUGUUUUGUUAUUUGAAUAAAGAAUUUAAAAAGCCUAAGAAUUAAUUAGUGUAGCAGUCAAAUAAAAAGUAGAACUUUUAAGUUUGAUGAAGAAUAAGUAAAUUGAUGCCUAGAUAUUGCUAAAUAAAGUUUCUGAUCUAAGAAAUAUGUAGUUAAGAUUAAAAAAUGAAUUGAACAAUUUAGCAAAUAUUAACAAUAACAGUUCUGAUUUGAUAACACUCUAAGCAUGCUACUUAGAAUCUUUAUCUUUUUGCGAAAAAGACCUUAAAAUAGGAUUUAAUUCCUCUUCAAUGCUUAAUAACAACUUUUCUGAAUUUAACUUUUAAUAAAUUCGCUCAUAAAUUUUAAAAAACCAUUAAAAAAAAGCGAAAUAAGGAUUUGAUAUAGAUCAAGAUAAAAACUUGUAAAAUUUUGAUGAGUCUUCAAUAUAUGAUGUAAAUUCUUGUGUAGUAUUUGCAUCAAUUGAAGAUGGAAUUGAUUUAAUAUUUAAGAAAGUUUCUAACAAAUUUCUAGAAAUCUUUUCUUUAAGUCAUUAGGAUAUCAUUGGGAAAAAAGUUGAUGCUAUAAUGCCUACUAGCUUUCCCAUAGCUUAGAAACACAAGCAAUAUAUUGCUAGCUUUUUAAAAAAAGCUACAACAGAUAAAUCCUAAGUUAUUGGAAAGAUAAUGUUUGGCUAAUCUUCAAAAGGCUAUCUAAUUCCACUUGCUCUUGACUUUCGCUUGAAUUAUUGCUAUUAGCUCUAAGAAAUUGGAAUUUGUGGAUAGCUUAAAUGUCUUUAAGAUUAAAGUGAUUAUAUUCUUUUUAAUGCUGCUUCUUUGAGUUAUUUAGGAAUGACUAAGAAUUUAUCAACUAAUGUUUUCACAUAAAACUAAUUAAAUAAAAAAACUGAUUUAGGAUAGUUUUUCCCUUUUCUCUAUAAAAUAAAAACUGAGGAAAAUAUCUAAAAAUCUAGCACUGUUAAUGGUACCGGCACUGAAUGGGAAAUGAAUACUCAAUAUAAUUAGGAAAUGUUCUCUCAAAUAGAUGAUAAACUGCUUUAAACGAAUAGAAAUUAAAAUAGAGAUGAAAUUAUAGUAGAAAAAAUGAAAACAGGCUUAGAAUUUAUGCUUAUUUUACAAAAUAAAAAAGAACCAACAAAUUAGGUGAAAAGCAAUUUACUUAAGUUAGUUUAAGAAAAAGAGUAUAAUUUCUACUUUAUGGAAAUCAAAGUUUAAUCUACUUAAUAUUAAGAGCUUUAAAAUCUUUCUUAUGUAAAAAUUUCUAGAACUAAACCCUUAAAUCCUAACUAAAAUGGACCUCUUAUUAUGUAGCACCUAAAAGAAAACUAAGAGUUAUAUUGUACUGUUUUUUCAAAAUCAUUUAUCGACCGCAUAUAUUCAGAAGUUGAGGUUAAGUACAAGAAGCAUAAUUCAAGCUUAGAGUUAAAAAACGACUUUUAAUUUUCAUUAAAUGAUAUGUCUUACUCAAAUAGCUAAUUAUAAUUACUCUAAAGCCCAUAAACUCUAUUACUUAUGCCUAAAAAUUAGAUUGAUAAAAACCUUGCCUUGGAAGAAGAAAUUAAUAAAUUUAAUUUAAAUUCAAUUCCUUAAGAUAGAAAUAAAUAUAAUCAAGAAAUUGUUAAACUUGGUGUUUAGAUAAAUUAAAGUAAUAUUUAAAAAAUUGAUUAAAUUAUUGAGGAAGAUUAGAGCGUUUCCACCAUUAGCUUAUCUGAAAACACUGAUAGAAACAAAUAAAAAAAUUAGCCUUUUAAUAGUACUAGCGAAUAGCAAAAAAUAUAAGAAGAAAAACAUGAAAAAGCACCUUUAUCCCCAACAUCUAUGGUGCCUGUUAAUAAAGAAUAUUAAUAACUAAUAAAUAUAAGAGAUUAUAUAACUAGUAACCCUAAUAGAGAGGCUACUAUACUUAGUGAUAAUUAUAGAGAAUUUUAAAUAAUGAGUGACAAUAAAUUAGUUUAACCAAUUUUGAGUGAUAAUAAUAGAAAUUCUCUAGCGAAUUUCUAUGAUAAAAAUCUUUUAACUGAAGAUGAGUCGAAAUAAAAUAUUGAUAGAGAUAAUUCUCUCAGAUAAAAGUAAAGUCUUAUAUUUAAUACUCCUUUCCUUUCACCAGCAUCACCUAAUUAUAGCUCACAUGAACUAAUUAGAAACAGGCAAAGCAUAUAGUUCACUAACUCUUAAAUUUAUGAAAAUUUAAAAAGAAAGGAAAGCUUUUAUACUUAAGGAUAAAGUAUGAUUGGAAUUAAUCUUGGAAUUAUGGAUAACUCGUGCUCCACUGCAUACCAACAAAAAUUCUAUUAAGAUAAAGAAUCCUUAUCAUUUAAUCAAUAAUAAGUAAAUGAAUCAAAGGAGAAUAUACAAGCUAAAAAUUUAUUAAUGAGCAAGUAGUAAAAAAAGAACAGAAUUCACAAUAAUGGGGAUCAGAUGGACAAUUAAUCCUCAACUAAAUCAAGGGAAUCAUCAUCUUCAGUCAAAAGAAUAUUAAUUAGCUUGAUAAAAGCAGAAUCUCAAAUUAUUGCUAUAAAAGUUAUUAAUAUAAUAGGUUUUUUAGCAUUUGUUGUCCUAGCAUCAGUAACAAUUCAAUAAUAUGUUUCUUUUAUGUAGAGUAUUUAAAUUUCAUCUGACAAUCUAACUGUUUAAGAUUGGCCAACUGAAGUAGUUGUUGUGUUAUAUAAUACUAAUAGAAUUUUUAAUUUUAUCAAGAUUGAAAGGUAAAAUAAUCUUACCUUUGCUUCGCCAGCAGUCCAAACUAAUUUUGAUAAUGACUAUGUGAAUAGACUAUUAAAUUGCUUCCCUCUCUAUAAUGAUUUAAUAGACUACAUGGAAACUGCAAAAGCUGGCUAUAUGUUAUUUGAUAAAGUUUCUAAAUAUCAAACUUCUUUUUAACUUAGUCUCUAUUAUACUCCUGGAGAUAAGAGGAAUAUUUCAUCAAAUAGAGUAAAUUACUAUAACGAAGUAAGAAACUCAUCACUACUUUACAAUUUAGUUGUUGUUAACCAAUAUGUGAAUCGUGUUUCAAGGAACCCAGGAGCGAAACUUUAGGAAUUUAAUUUACUUAGCAAUUAUGAUUACAUAGUUAAUGGUAUUUCAGAUAUUUAAAGCUUCUUUGUAAACUAUUAGAUUUAACAAAAUUCGAAUAUUUAAAAUUAGCUCAUUAUUUUAAUCGGCUUGAUAAUGAUUAUUUCAGCUUUUUGCCUUAUUAUGAUAAUGCCUUUAUAUGGAUAUAUAUAAACUAAGAAAGAUCUGAUAAUUAACUUAUUUUGCACUUUCUCAACCAAUUCUUUGUAACAGAUGAUACUAAAAAUUAGGUCAAACUUUUAUCAAAACAAAGCUAUGACUCCUCAUAUCAAGCAUAUACCACAAGAAAUUUAAAAUUUAAAUAGCUAAGUAUAAGGAGACUAAUCUUCACUAAAAAAGCAAACUUUAAGUUCUAUUUCUAAACUACCAAAGUACAAUAUUAAACUUGUUUUUGUCUUACUUAUAGCCUACAUAUUAUUAUCUAUUUAUCCAAUAGUAAAUAAUAUAGUAAUAUAAAAUUUCCUAAACUAAAUACAGAACAACAUUCAAAUGCUAUAAUAAUUAAAUAACAUCAGAUAGUAUUUAACAAGAACUUCAGCUUUAACAAUAUCUUGUUUAAAUAUGAGAAUAUAUCCCAACUUAUAAACAUUUACUCUUGAUUAAUAUUAAGGCUAGUUAACCCAGAUAGUUUCCUAAAUGAAUGAUAUUUUAGAUUAAAUAACCGAUAUAUCAAAUUAAUCUAUUAAGUCUGGAAGGUAUAAUUAACAAGAUUUUGACAAUUUCUUCUUUCCUCUUUUUGAGAGUAAUAUUUGUGAUUUAGUCUAAAACUAUCCACAAUACAAUUAAAAUGCUACUGCUUUUUAGCCAAACCUUUGCCAAACAAUAUAAAAUGGAUUUUUAUAAUAGGGCCUAAAAUUAGCAUACAAAGAAUUUACAGAAAAUAUUAAUGAUUUAUACAGUAUUAUUCAGGUAUCUAAUAAACAAUAAUAAAAAUAGCUACAAGCCAGUUUAUUUAAAGAAUUAGAUUUAAUAGAUUUUGGUAAUUUUUUGGAUUAUUUAGAAGAAACUUUAAAUAUUCUAAAAUAGUUUUUAAUAAAUAAUUGUAACUAAUAUUAUUCUUAUUUACAAAAAAUAUAACUGAUACUAAUUAUAUAUCAAAUCGUUCUAAUGGCAAUCAUAUUUGGAUUAGGUUGGUACAGUUUCAGUAAGUACUUAUAGUCAUCAUUAACACUUACUAAAUAGUAUUUACAAAUUAUCAACAUAUAUUACUUACUUGAUAAUAACUAUAUAUUAACAUUCGUUAAAAAUAACCAUAAACUAUGA